AAUGUUUUUAAACGUCAAACGUCGCAGUAUAAAAAGAAAAUUCGGGUUUACAUUCGUUCGUUUUUCUGAAAGAAUAAAUUAAAGUUUUUUCUUGUAAAACUCGUUACAACUGGAGUAAAUAUCGCUUGACGGUUUCGUAAUAGCCGGUUUAAGUGAAGUCCGGUUCCAAAACACCGAAAAAUGGCCAACGCAGACACCAUCCAAGUGAGUUCGCUUCCCCUUCCACCAGCCCAGUACAUCAAUCUAUACACGGAUGAAAACAUCCGGAAGAAUCGGGCUCCGAAGCCUCCGCCACCAAUUCAGGACUCGUACACCAUGUUCGGCAAUCCGUUCAGCAACGACGAUAACAUUAUUCGGCCUCUCGAAGCCCAAGGUUUCAAGCGGCUCUACCCACAGCAUUUCGACCGGCGGAAGGAGCUCAAGAAGCUGAAUCACUCGCUGCUGGUCAACUUUCUGGACCUUAUCGAUCUGCUGGUACACUACCCGGACAGUCCCCGACGGGCGGAAAAGAUUGAAGAUCUGAGUCUGUUGUUCGUGCACAUUCAUCAUCUGUUGAACGAGUUUCGUCCGCACCAGGCACGAGAAACGCUCCGGGUGAUGAUGGAACUGCAGAAACGGCAACGGAUAGAGACGACCCAGCGGUUUCAGAACCACCUGGAGAAGGUGCGGGAACUGGUGAAGAAUGCAUUUGCUUCGCUGCCGGAUCUGACCGAUGCCGAUCGGUUAGCGAGCGGCACCGUAGAGCAGAUGGACACCGGUGACGAUGGGGACGUCGGGAAGGGCCGUGGCGAAGGAUGCCAUCCGUUGGAUCGGCUGAUGUGCGAUCUGGUCGAUUCCUCGAUGUGAAUUGUUUCCGGUAAUGGUUUUUUUUGUUUGUUUUUGCCGCAACUUUCUUCCUCCUUCUCAACCAACGCCAAUGAUGGAUCUGAAGGCAAAUUAAAGUGUUGUCUAUUUUUCCGGAUGUCUGCAAUUCUAGAAAGCUCGAAUCAGGUCGAGGCUCGACGUUUGGUGUCUGUUCGAUUUUCCUUUUUAGGACAACCCUGCCGGUUAGAUUGACUUUGUUUUGACUUUUUGUUCUCAUUGCGCCGCCCUGAAGGAAUCGAGUAGCACAACUGUUCGCCGUUAGCUCUACAUACUUACAUAUUCAAACUCU